AUGCCUAGAACCGCUCAAGAGAGGAUCCGGAGAACCAAAACAGGAUGUCUUGUCUGCCGUCGCCGCAAGAAGAAAUGCGAUGAAAGACUGCCAGUUUGUCGCGCCUGUGAGCGAAAUUCUCUGGAUUGUCUAUGGCCUUCCCAGGAUCGAACCUCGGCUCCAGCCCCGAUGCAAGUCACCGACACACAAAACAGCGUGCAUGUAACGUCACGACCAACGGGGGAUUUUCUAAUCUCGGACCUUGAAGAGACAACUGCACUCCCACAUCUGGGGGCGACCGAAACCAAUGGAGCAGUCACCGUCCGCAACAUGAUCCCACUGCCCGAAUCCAUUGUUGUCUUCCCCAUGGUUUGCAACAUUCAGAUCUCCGCAGACGCCGUGCUUUUGAAGAUACCGGACAUUACAGGAGUUUUCUCGCAGAGAUUCUCAAAAGUGUUCCUUCAACAUUAUGUUCAUCAUACCGCCGGCUGUCUGUCCACCAUUCAAGCUUCAAGCAAUCCUUUUGUCGCGGAGAUCAUCCCAAUAGCCAUGAGCAAUACUGGCCUGAUGCAAGCAAUCCUUGCAUUGAGUGGCCUCCACCACAGCCAGCAAAAAUCUCAAGAUAUGGUCCGCGAAGCUUGGACUCAUUAUGCCCAUGCUGUUUCUCACAUCAAGUCUGCGGUGCAGAGAUAUCUCGGAGGAGACAAGGCUGACGCACUUGCGUUGUUAGCGUCCAUGUUGAUAUUGUGUUUCACAGAGAGCGCACGUCAAACUCACGAAACCUCGAUGUCUCCGCAUCUUUCGGCAGCGCGAAAUAUCCUCAUGGAGAUCAUUCACUCUGGCCAAGCUGCAGUCAGCCCAAACACACUGGGAUUUCUAGCAGAGGCAUACACAUAUCUUGCAACUCUGUGGAGCAUAUCUUCCAAACCGGCAUGGGAUGAACUAUUGGAUGACGCCGAAUACAGUCUCUACAAGUCUGAUGUACUUGUGCAUCGUAGUUCCGGCAUGCUCCUUGGCUGUUACCAUGAUCUCUUUGCUCUUAUUCCCUCGAUAACUUUGCUCGCGAAAGAACGAGCACUCGACCAAGACAAUCUUGGGACAUACUCGACGGAGUCCUUCGCCAUCUUUGCAACCCUCAAACAACAGAUAUUGGAGUGGGAGGUCUCACCCACGGUCUCGGAUCAAAAUGUUAUUGACUGUGGUCGGAUAUACCGCAAAGCUCUUCUGGUCCACCUUGAGACUGCUUUCCGAAGACAUGAUCACCCACUUUACAAGAAAAACCAUCUUCGUCCAUGCAUCAACGAGUGUCUAGAGUCACUGGCCACGGUCCUAGCACGGUUUCCUGCUGCCGAGGCUCCUAUUGCCACCACACUAGUUUGGCCGCUUGUUGUUCUCGGAGCAAGUGCAACAGAAAUAAGGCAUCGUGACCUGAUUCGGGAAAUGCUUCAGUCACUUCAUCGUAACAUCCAGAUGCCCGUCAUUCUCAAUACGUGCAACCUGAUCACAGAACUAUGGGCAACACAUGAGGGAAGGUAUGCGGAUGCUUGGGACUUGGAGCUCAUGAUGGGCGCAAAAAACCAGCACAUCCCAUUCACAUGA